AUGGUGCCAGCCAAGUGGAUGCAGCACGUGUCGCAGAAUGGGCCCCCCGACGACAUCUGCGCGGAGGAGUUGGAGGACGGCAACGAUCGUUGUUCGCUCGGAGAUCGUCGGCUGUACCCAUAUCUCCAGGUCAGUCGCCGUCGACGCGGCGAGGCGAGCAGCUGGAGCCGUGGCUGCGGCGCCUGUGGACUGGGAGCCGCGCGGCGCGGCCGCCUCUCCGCCGACUCGCCGCACGUGGUGGUGUUCGACCAGCUGCAGCAGCUGCUGCAGCGCAAGGUGGUGACCGUGUUCGGCGUGGCCGGCUGCCAGCUGCUGCACCUAGAGAUCGACCAGCAGACGACGACGAUGCGGGACGUGCAGGCAUUUGUAAAGCUCAGCACAGGCCUCGAGCCGACCCGCCAAGACCUGCGCCUGCCCAGGGGUGACCGACCCGGCACCAGCCCCGCCCAGUCGGCGCUCCAGUGCUGGGCGCCGCCGCAGGAGGAGACCGAGUGGGUGCUGUACGUGUUCGACGCGGCCGGCGCAGAGGGCGGCGGCUCGGCCGACAUUCAGCUGCCGCCACUGGUGCUCGAGAUGCUGAAGGACACGGAGCACCGGCCGGCCUACUACCGACAGGUCAGGUCAAGGACACGGAACACCGGCCACCGACAGGUCAGGUCAAGGACACGGAACACCGGCCCGCCUACUACCGACAGGUCAGGUCAAGGACACGGAACACUGGCGCACCCGCCACCGACAGGUCAGGUCAGGGACACGGAACACAUUGGCCCACCGGCCACCGACAG